AUGCUAUUAUCUCCAACCACGAGCUGCGAUUUCCUACUAUUCAUUCGCCUAUACUCUUCUCUCCGAGAAUGCCUAGCGAAUAUAUGUGCCAUUCGCAACUUCCUCAAAGUCCGUAACAGUUACGAUGUCCUUCCGCUUAGCUUUCGGCUUAUCAUCUUCGACACGUCUUUGUCAGUGAAAGAGAGUUUGAAUAUCUUAAUCCAAAAUGGCAUGUACCUCCCUUAUUCGGUGAAUAGCGCGGUGCCGGUGUCGCGAAAUGGCAUCGUGUCAGCUCCGUUAUGGGACUCUAAAACCUCGACUUUCGCGGGUCUUCUCACCACCUCCGAUUACAUCAAUGUCAUUCAAUACUAUUUUCAGAACCCUGCGGCUCUGGGUGAAAUAGAUCAAUUCCGACUGGACAGCCUCCGAGAGGUAGAAAAGGCUUUAGGGGUUGCGCCACCGGAGACCAUUUCCAUCGAUCCGGAGAGGCCUCUCUAUGAAGCCUGUCGGCGCAUGCUUGACUCUCGGGCUCGACGAAUUCCUUUGGUCACCAACGAUAGUCAAACGGACCGAGCGCAUGUCCUGAGUGUCGUUACACAAUACCGUAUCUUGAAAUUCGUCGCCGUCAAUGUCAGUGACACACAGAAGCUGCGCAGGCCCCUAGGGGAGAUAUUGCUUGGCAGCUAUGAAAAUGUAGCAACAGCAUCAAUGGAUACGCCCGUUAUCGAUGUGAUCCAUAUCCUUGUGGAGCGGAGCAUAUCGAGUGUACCCAUUGUAAACUCGGAAGGUGUUGUAUACAACGUCUUCGAAUCAGUUGAUGUUAUCACAUUGAUCAAAGGUGGUGUAUACGAUGACUUAAGUCUAACGGUUGGAGAGGCAUUGAAAAAACGGUCCCCAGACUUCCCUGGUAUCUAUACAUGCUCGUUAAAUGAUGGUCUGGAUACUAUCUUUGACACAAUUCGCAAGUCUCGUGUUCACCGCCUGGUAGUGGUGGACGAAAACUUCCGACUAAAAGGCGUUCUCACAUUGAGUGAUAUUCUGCAAUAUAUCCUUCUAGAAGGCGAAAACGACGAAUCGUCCUAA